GCGGGAGCCGCGGUCCCCGCCGAGGUUCCCGUGAAGACCUAGAAAAUGGCUUCGCCGCAUGCGCCUCGCGGGCCGUUGAGGCGCAAAACCGACGCCCUCAGCCGGGAGCCGGGAGCGCAGCGGCGGGCGCACGGCAGGGAUCCAGCGGAAUCGCUGCUGAGUCUCUGAGGAACAGCCUGAAGGGACCAUCUGCAUUUUUGUCUCAGCGAAACUUGGAAGGGAAAUGGAAGGAGAGAAGGCACAGUGCACUAAUGUGAUUGGUAAUAAUCGUGAAGUUCCCAAGGAGAGGAUAAUAAAGUUUAAACCUCCACUGUACAGACAGCGGUACCAGUUUGUUAAAGAUAUAGUGGAUCAGCAUGAACCCAAGAAGGUUGCAGACCUGGGAUGUGGGGAUACAUCACUCAUAAGGCUGCUGAAAGUCUACCCCUGCAUCGAAGAGCUUGUUGGAGUAGACAUUGAUGAGGAUAAGUUACGAUGGAGAGGGGAUCAGCUGUCUCCUUUCAUGGGAGAUUUCCUCAAACCACGGGAUCUGGAUCUGACCAUUACCUUGUAUCAUGGCUCUGCAGUGGAGAGAGACUCGCGUUUGCUUGGAUUUGAUCUGAUUACGUGUAUUGAACUGGCUCUGUUCGUGGCGAAUCGCUAUGGUUACUCUGUGGAGUUUACUGGUGUGGGGGACCCGCCAGCCGGAGCCGAGAGUGUGGGCUUCUGUACCCAGAUAGGCAUCUUCCGGAAGAACGAAGAAAGGGCGGCCGAAUCGAGGGUUUCAGAGCGGCAGGACGAGCAUGUGUACAAAGCUGUUUUCACAGCGUCCUACCCAAGCCUACAGCAGGAGAGGUUUCUCAGACUUGUCCUAGUGAAUGAAGUGUCCCGACAGGUGGAGAGCUUGCGGCUGAAGCAUCUGCGAAGGCUGAGAGAGGGGGAGGGGUUGUUGGGGAUACAGCCACCCGAGAACGACAGCAACUUCCCCUCCUUCGGGCCGGCCUUCACCGACGUGGAGAAAGCCAGGAUAGAGAAUUCUCCCAAACCCUUUGUGGCGGGAAGGAAGUUCUUUGUGCCCCUGCGAAGACUCGUGGCUUACCCCAAACUGCACCGCAUCUGCCCUAAUGAAGACGUGAUGAGGUCACUGGUGGACGACUGCAUCAGCUUGAGCAGCGAUGGUUCUGCAGUGGUGGUUGACCUACACGAUCAUUACGAUUAUCUGUUUGAAAUUUGAGCCAUGCUUAUUUCCUGAAAUUCAGGGUUUUUAGUGACAGUUGGGCUAUCACUAAAUAGAAAAUUUUAAUUUUCUGUGUAGUCAUAAUUCAGGUAAUUUUUUUAAGUUGUACCCCAAAAGUCAUGUCCUUAGCAGGUAGACAGGUGAGUCUGACACAGAGCCAGACUCCUCUUCACCUAAGAAGGAUAUUAGGGUUUAGCUAAAGGUGGUAGGUUUUCCUUUGAAACCAGAAGUUUUCUGUUUUCUCAGGAAUGAAGAAAUUGGAUGUGGUAACGUGUCAGUUUUUAACUUAUGCAUAUAUAUUUUAUGUUACAGUAUGUUGUAUGUGACAUUAAAAGUUUUAAAAAACGUUAGCAUCUAUUCUAUUAAACUCUUUCCCCCAAGGGUUCAGAGUAGCUCCCAAGUCUAAGACCCUCUAUCGUUUGGACCAAAUUCUCAGCUAAAAAUACUUAGCCUGAGACCUCAAAGAAAAGGAAUGCAGGUGCUUGAAAGACAAGCCAUGGCACCAUGUAGUUACUGUCCAUGUCUCUUUUCUCUGGGAGCUUCCAGGGUGGAAUUGGGGUCAUAGUAAUACUGGGAGAAAGAUAGAUAGCUUUGCCCAAUGGAGGAGAAACAGUGGUUUAUUUAUUUGAAAGGCAGAAUUGGGGGAAGAAAGAUCUUCAAACCAUUGGUUCACUUCCCACAUGGCCACAAUGGUUGGAGCUGGGCCAGGCCGAAGCCGGGAGCCUG